CAUGGCGACCGAGGCAAACAAAAUGGCCGCUCCCAGGCUCUAACUGCCGAGCUGAGGACGAUGAUGGCGGCUCCGCCUGGAGAGCUGGACGAGGAGAGCCUCAACGACUUGUACAGCUGGGUCGACGGCAUCCCGCUCUCCCGCCCCAAGAGGAACAUCGCCAGGGAUUUCAGCGACGGAGUUCUAGUGGCUGAAAUGGUCAAGUUUUACUUCCCCAAAAUGGUGGAAAUGCACAACUACGCUCCGGCAAACUCGACCCAUCAGAAACUCUCCAACUGGGGACAUCUCAACAGGAAAGUUCUGAGCAAGCUGAACUUCUCCGUCCCAGAAGACAUUGUCCGGAAGAUCGCUCAGUGCACCCCUGGAGUGGUGGAGCUGGUGCUGAUCCCGCUGAGGCAGAAAAUUGAGGCGAAGCAAAAGCAGGCCAAGAUCUCCUCAAACUCCUAUCAGGAGAUGGGAAUGCACUUGACCCUGGAAGAGAGCAACUACCUGGACACAGGCUAUGUUUCAAAGCCCAAUGCCAACAGCACCAGGAUCUACAUUCAGGACUCCCCUGGAUCUGAGAGAGGGACCAAAGGACAGCAAAACUAUACUGUGCCCCUACAAAACGAUACCAACUUGCGCCUCCAGUUAGCCGAACGGGAACAAGCCCUGCUGGCAUUGCAGGAGACGGUUCAGAUCCUACAGAUGAAGAUUCGCAGACUGGAGCACCUCUUACACCUGAAGAAUGUCCGGAUUGAUGACCUCACUCGGCGCAUGCAGCAGGGCGAGCAGAAGCGGAAAUGAGCAAGGCUCAGUUUCCCUCACAGCUACCACCCUCCAGCCUGGUGGAUUGUUCUCAGGACAGCCAGAUGGUUCCCCCAAGCGUCUUCCUUCUCAAGCAGCCGCCUUCAAGUUCCAGGGAGGCUGAGACCUCCAAGGAAAGACUGACAAGGACUCUGAUUCUAAAAGAAAAAGCAAUAUCUACUUACUGCUUGCUUGGCAAACCAGCUUAACUCAUGCCUACGGUCUCAUGUGGGGGGAGACAAGAAGAGUCCAAGGCAAGACAGGGAUUCCAGGGUCACGCAUCCUGCAAGAGGCACAUAGGUGCGCUGGCUCUCCAAACCUCUUAACUGGGCACUUGGGUGUCCUCCCCUGUGCCUGGUUCCCCUAGCAAGUCCCAGGAGAGGUUGUAAUGGUGGAUGGAGGUGACACACUCCUGCUAGUGGCUGAUGGCUUAUCAUGGCUGUGGCCAGAGAGUUAGGAGAACAGGCCAGAGAAUUCCCUUGGAAGGCUAGUAGGUGGGCUCCCUGGUUCCUUGUGCCAUCCAUUUUGCUUUGCCUUGAGACCUCUGUCCACUCCAGUCUUUCAAAGGGAGAGGUGGUUAUCCAUGCUCACCAGCCAGCACACAUGUGCAGCCAUGUCCACGGGUGGCUCUGGGUUAGCUGGAAAUGGCGAUGUGUAGAGUAGGGUUUUUAUAGCCAACAGGUCUGCAACAGGGCCUUCUCAAGGAGUAAUCUGCUUGUAGCCUUGCACUCUGCAGAGGGACAUAACUUUUCCUGUGGGUUUCCAUUUUCUCUGGAAGAUAUGCUUCUGGGGAAGGCCUUACCAGGCAGGCUGUUCUUUGGGAGCAAGAGUGGGCAACUGUGGGAGGCUAGAGGGGCCACAUUAGGGCCCUAGGAGACCUUGCAAAGCCACACACCCAACCCAACCGCCCUCUCCCCAAAAUGUUUGUUCCCAAAUGUCCUCCAAGGUGUCGAGACAUUUCUACCAUAUUUUUGGGCUCCUUUCAGUUCAGGAAUGGCCUUUUUUUUGGGGGGGGGGGUAUGAGUACUUCUUAUUUUUAGGAAAAAAGCCUCUCCUGGGUCUAAAAUGACCUGGGAUGCGUGUGGAAAAUAUGGCACAUAUUGCCCCUCCAUUCCAACUAGAGGGCAUUUUGGGACAAAAAUAGAGUUCCAAGAUCCCCAGGGACAAAAACAGUCUUGAGGGAUGCAUGUGUGUCCUAUGGGUCACAAUUUGUCCUCCCCUGCUUUGGGACAACCAGGUCCCAGUCUUUUCCAGCGGGUCUCCUCCUUUCACAUCACUUUCUCUGUGUGCUCCCCACCGCCAAGGGCACCAGUAUGUGUCCUAUGGUUGCCCUUUGCUUCUGCUGCAUACACACAAAGGGGAACAACAACAUGCAAGUGCAAUUGUGUGGUUGUGUGUGCAGGGUGUGCUGGAUUCAUUAGAGGUGUGUAUAUGCCAUUCCAAACCUUACUGCAAGAGCAUGCCUUAGUAGAGGUUGCCCUUUGCAGACAGUUGGCUUUGGAGGCAAAAGUGCAACCCAGUCCAUUUGCGAACAGAAACAGAGUCAGUGUACAGUUCUGUUAUAGUGACUGGGCCUAUAGUUUGAACAUAAGGUUGUUUCCUUUAAAACAAACAAACAAAACCCCAAAUGAUGGCUUAUUUUAAAAAGAGCAUUUCUGCCGCUCUGGUCAAGCCAGUCUGGAGCAAGUUUCAUAUCAAUCAAGACCUCUUCCCGGUUUUUCUGCAAGGCAGGAAGACAGAAAUCUCACAAUAUUAUCACUUGUAUCUUCACCAAAUUGUAGCCCCAGGAACUAUACAGAGGACCCCAUGGCACUGGCAUAGAAUUGAAAUGUCAUUUCCAUUGCUCUGCUGCCUCAAUGCAGACAGGCUGGUGGGUCUGUUCUUGGGAAUGGAUAGCUAUUCCAUUUUGCCUUACAACCUCCACUCCCCCAAAUCUAGACCUGGCUCGGAUAGAGGGAAUUAAACCUGAGUUUAGGAACACUAACUGGGACUUGGUAUUAUCUUGUAAGCUCUACUUAUUCCAUUGAUAUUUUGGUAUUAGAUCUUGGCAUUUGGUGGCAACUCUGAAAAGAUAGGGGAGUUCAUUAGUCCUCUCCCCAGAGAACAUGGAAGGCUGCACCUCACCCACAAAAACCAAACCCUCUGGAUGUGGGCAUUUUUGCCAUGUUUUUUAGGCCCAAGUGAGGUCUUUUUUUUUAAAACAAUGGAAACUAAGCGGAUGUUGCUUGCCUUUAAAAAUAAAGCCUCUCCUGACCAUAAAAUAUUCCAAGGGGCCCCAAGAUGUGGCAAAGGUGCCCCCAUGCCCCCCCUAGACGUCAUCUGGGAGCAUUUUGGGGUCCUUGUGGGAUACAAAAAAAGCCUGAGGGGGGCUGCAUGCAACUCACAGCUUGCACUUUGCCCACCUUGCUUUAGCACAUUCAGAGCCAUGAAAGGUAAUGGAAGAAUGGUCUUUCAUGCCCCUUAGUUUUCAGUGCAAACAGAAUCAAACACUGCUGACAUUUUGAGAUGUUCCUUCUCCCAACAGGAUUAGCUGAUGAUCCAUUUUCCCCCUUGGGUUUUGCUGGAUGCUAUUCUGUAGACUUCCAGGUGCAACUUUAUAAAUCCUUUAUACUCUUUUCAGUAUACACAGUCUGUACUUUAUUGACCUAAGUGCCUCAUCUGUAGAACUACAUAGAAACCUUUACUUGAAUGCUUCAUUUCUGGAA